GUGCAUUAUGUUUAGCUAAGUGGUGUUACUGCUACCACUGCUACUAAUCUUGUUUUAGUUUUCAUAUGUUUAGUAGAGAUGACAGAGACAACCCACAGAUAAUCAAUUUAUUAUCCUAGAGAUAGAUGAACCAGCAAAUAUUCAAACUCAAGUUGCUUCAAUCAGAAAGUUUUCACUUUUAUUCUUAAAAACCCACUCAAUUGACUGAUCAUAAGAAUAGCUAGCGAUCAAUCAGUAAUUUCUUUUGAAACAAAGCUGUAAUUCGCUAAAAUCUCCCAUCACAGGCCAAAUAUUGUAAAGCCUAAAAACUGAGGCAAGAUGUGGUGCAGAAGUCUAAUUUCCUGUCACACCACUUGAAUUACGAUAUGCUAAAAGUUUAGGAUGAUGUUUUUGUUUUGACAAAUAAUGCGCCAAAACCCUAUUCGACCCCUUCUUUACGUUUGCUAGGACUAAAAUAUGUCACAAGAAUCCAUCCCUAGUUGCUGAAGUGUCUGACCACUUACCCAAGGUGGCAGAACAACACAGCAAAGAACACAUUUUUACAUUAACAAUCACUGAUUCAAUAAGUGGACACAUUUAUCUUGUUGCAUUUACUUAUUUACAAUAAUGUAGAACCUACUAUUUGGCAUGAUUGUUGCUCUAAAAACACCAGAGUUGGAACCUUUGCCUGACUCAACUUAGUAUUUAAGCUACCAACAGUAUUAAUGAUAUAUGUGCCUUCCCCUUAAUAACCAGUGUUAUUUUAUUGGAGCCAAUCCACGGCCUUACCUGUUGUCUUUUCUGCCUUUUUUUUUCUAGAAAAUGGUAUUUCCAAGUACAUUUUAGUGAAAUCUCAGAUGAGUUGGUACCAGGCUAAGAACUACUGUAGGUCCAAUUACACAGAUCUUGCCAGUGUGAGAAAUACGUCUGAGAAUUCUAACAUCAAGUCACUCGUGUCAAAAGACACCUGGAUCGGUCUCUACAGAAACUUUUGGUCUUCCUGGUCAGACCAGACCCCUGUCACCUUUACUAACUGGAACCAGAGCCAGCCCGACAACAAUGGCAACACCGUGGCAUCAUGCACUGCAAUCAGCCCAUACACAGGAAGGUGGUGGGAUGUGCAAUGUUACAUGAAGCGCUACUUCAUCUGUCAAAGCGUGUUUUAUCCACAGAACAGAACAACAUUCAAGUUAAGGUUCCACUCUGAGGUCGAUCUGAACCAUCCUGACAUUCAACAUCACAUUUUAGAACAGCUGCAUGCUGAGCUGGAGGCAAAUGGAUUAUCAGACUAUAAACUCAGCUGGAUUCAAACGGAUGGGCGGGCUUUUCACAAGGAGCAGAAGAAGGACAAAGAACCAGUCUCAGGAGACUGAGCUGAUGACUGCAUAGAGGACAUCAUGGUCUUCUGAUAUUAACGCUCAUCAGUAUACACUACCGUUCCAAAGUUUGGGAUCACUGAGAAAUGUACCUAUUUUUGAAAAAAAAUCCGUUUUCUUCAAUGAAGAGGACAUUAAAUUAAUCACAAAUGCAGUCUAGACAUUGUUAAAGAACAUAUGACUAUUCUAGCUGGAAAAGGCUGAUUUUUAGUGGAAUAAACACAUAGGGGUACAGAGGAACAUUUGCAGCAACCAUCACUCCUGUGUUCUAAUGCUACAUUGUUUUAGCUAAUGGUGUUGAAAGGCUAAUUGAUGUUUAGAAAACCCUUGUGCAAUUAUGUUAGAACAUGAAUAAAAGUGAGUUUUCGAUGAAAGAUGAUUUAACUGCUAGUGUAACGCAAUAUUUAAGCUCUACUUUAAGUUUCCCUGCCUUUAACCCCAUCAGUGGUAGAAUGUGUUAAUAUUAGUCUGUUGCAUUUCCUUAUGUGCUGUUUCUGCAGUGCAGUGCAUUACUUCAGUUGUUUUAGACAGAUUGCUUAAAAUGUUUAUUUGUAGAUUUCUUUACUGUAUGUUUACGUUUUUUUAAAAGAAAGAUGAAAAUACAGAUUUCAUAUCGAGGUUUGAAAUUAGUCUGCAAAAUAUAAACAUGUUUUUGUUUAUGUGAUAUUUAAGUGUUUUAUGAGUGCUUGCAGAGUCCUUUGAAAUUUCUCUGUGUUCUUUCCCUACACUUGUAAUGCUUGAUGUUAAGUAAUAUUCUCUGGCUGCAAAGUGUGACUUUCUGUAUGAGCGGCAUCACAAUAAACAAUCAGUUGUCAUAUGAUUCAAUUUCUACAA